AUGGCUGACUGUUUGAUGACUCAGUGCAACUUCCAAUCCUGCCGUUUCCCCUUCUUGGAGGACGGUUCGCCUGUGUCCAACUUUGCUGGAAGCAACUUUGUGAAUUGUCGCAUCCAAUGGAGUGGGCCGUUCGCGCACGAAGAAUCCUUUGUGAUCAAUUCACAUUGGCUCCGCAAGUGGAAUCUGGCGGGCUGUACCGUCAGCGACGGCCAGACCGGGCAGUGA